CUCACAAAGGUGUUGACGGACCACUGUUUUUGAAGAAAACUGAACUGAAGCGUUAAAGACAUUUCUCUGAAUAUUUUUUUGACUUCUGCUUUGUGUCGGUGUUCUACAAACACAGCCAUGGUUUGCAUUCCCUGCAUUGUAAUUCCAGUCUUAUUGUGGGUUUACAAGAGGUUCCUCGAGCCCUUCAUCUACCCCUUCAUUUCCCCCAUUAUUAACACGUUUUGGACCAAAAAGGCUGUGCAAGAAACGGGCACAACUGACAGUAACAUUCAAAACCAGUCUAAUGGAUCUUGUAAACUUGAAAGCAAUAAAGAAACCAUGGCCAAUGGAUCACUUUCACAAGCUGACAAGAAGACAGACUGAAAGAAUUAUUGUAAAUAAUAUGUCAUAGUUGUAGGAGAUAUUUCACUUUAAAAUGGUUUUGAUUUGUUACCAUGGUCACUUAUACUUAUUAACAUAAAGUAAACAACAAAUA